AUGCUGCUCAACCAGGUAAUGCGCAAGGUCAUCUCAUGGAUGGAAGACCACGGGCUAUCUCAAGCAUCUCAGAAGACAGAGAUCGUGCUAUUUACGAAGAAGCGCAACAACACCUUGCAAAGCUUCAUUUUAGGAGAUGCAGCGAUCAAGACUAAGUCGGCUGUCAAAUAUAUAGGUAUAAUGCUCGACAAAAACCUUAAUUAUGGAGAGCAUAUAUUCAGGGCAGCCGACAAGGCGGCAAAGAUUGUAGCCUCGCUUGGCACACUCAUGGCAAACGUCAACAGGUCCCGACUGUUAAUGAGGCGCCUACAAAUGCGCGCCACCAAAGCAGUGAUGCUACACGGUACAGAGGAGGGGCGCUCUCCGAAUCAUGUGUUCUUACCGCACGAUCUCUGUUCCCACGGUGCUAGUGUUCGCGGAGGUGGUACCGAUCAAUCUACUAGCACAGGAGAGAAAAUUCCUCCACAACUAAAGGCUCUUUCUGGGAAUGGAGGAGACAUCAAGCUCGCCGGGUCUACCAGCAUCGAGACCUGGCAAAGCAGUUGGGAACAGGAGCAUCGGGGCAGAUGGACUGUCAGACUCACCAGCCAGCUAGUUAGCUGGCUAAAUCGGGAGGCGGAGGAGGUCGACUUCUACCUCACACAAUUUUUGAUAAGACAUUUUGGAGUUUAUUCUUACAUCACAAAAAUGAGGAAGGUUGCAGACGGCAACUGUCCCUAUGGCGAUUUUACCGUCGACAACACCCACCACACAUACUUCAAAUGUGCCCGGUGGAGCGUCGAACGACUCGCCUUGGAGAAAGACUUUGGAAAAUACUCGCCAAACAAUGUUGUCGAGAAAAUGCUCCGAGGUCAGGAAGAGUGGAACAAGGUGGCCUGA